UGUGUGUGUGUUUCUUGUGGGGGAAGGGAGGACAGAGUCCCAUUGGCUUAAGGAAAGAUUUGUUUCCUUAAAGAGAAUGGAGAAGCUGUAUGGAAAGCCUAUAUAAACUCAACUAGCUGACACUCUUUUCCUCUAAUUUCAUUUAAAGGUUCUGCUGCACACUGUAAGAUUGAAGGCUGCAACACCACCUCCUGCAACCAACAGGCAUCUUCACUUUCAAAGGCAGCGCCACAAAGAGACCGGCAAGAUGUCCGAGAAAAAGAUGACAUCCAGCCGUAAGAACCAUCUGAAGAGCUUGUUGCUUCAGAUCGCUCAUGGGCUUUUGGAGGAUGAGGCAGCUGAGAAGGAGCAAGAAAAACAGCGAUACAUGGAAGAGAACUGUCCUACUCCUUCACUGCCUGGAUGCAUGCAGGAUCUACAGGAACUGUGUAGGAAGUUGCACCAGCAGAUAGAUGCCAUUGAUGAACAAAGAUACGAUAUGGAGACCAAAGUGGCCAAGUCAAACAAGGAGAUUGAGGAUCUGAAGAUAAAGGUUCAGGACCUGAACGGUAAAUUCAAGAAACCUGUUCUGAAGAGAGUGCGAAUGUCUGCUGAUGCCAUGCUUCAGGCCCUGCUGGGCUCCAAACACAAAGUGUCCAUGGACCUGAGAGCCAACCUCAAACAGGUCAAGAAAGAGGUCAAGGAGGAGGAAGAGGCGGUGGGAGACUGGCGUAAGAACAUUGAGGAUAAGACUGGUAUGGAUGGCAGGAAGAAGAUGUUUGAGACUGAGGCCUAAAUUUGUUUUUCUAAAAUUUCUAUUCAAUGAUCUGUUCGGUUAGGUCAGGGGUACCCAACCCUGCUCGUGUCGAUCAACUGUCCUAGUUUAUCUCCAACUCUAAUCAAACACACCUGAAGUAACCAAUCUAGGUCUUCAGGUUCACUUGAAAAAUAAGGCACCCCUGGGGUUAGGUUGUCUUAAUUCUUGAGGUCUUCAGUGUUAUGAAAGAUAAAAAGCGGUAAUGUUCUCUAUCGUGUGAAGUGAUGUUAUAGCUAUUUAGAGUAAUAUAUGAAGCAUGAUUUUGAUGUAUGUGAUUGUUGGUGUUGUAGCUGAGGCUUUAAAUUGAUAAUAAAUAAAUAAAUAAUCUGACUUU